UUCUGCUUCUGCUUCUGUUGUGAGGAGACAUCAUGGAGGAUAAUCUUCAUCUCAGCAACAUCUUGUGUCGUCCUGUAUAUGAGUGCAUGUAGAUACAAGCUGACAGUGUUGACUCGACAAACAUCCUCCAUCAGCAAGAUGCUGCAACACAAUCUCUCAUGUGACUGAAACACUGACGCUCUUAGAAACCUGAUGACAAAGACAGGAGGAGUCACAGCUUUAACCAGGAAUGAGUCUAUGGAGUCCUCGGACUUUCAUGCUGUCAAGAUGUUUUUGAAGCUUCUGAUCCUCCUCACAACAGCUUGUAUGGUGACAGGAGACAAUCUGAAUCCUAAUGUUGUCAGUGUGGCAAACUUUGCCGUAGACUUUCAUAAUCGUAUGAAUAACUACACGUAUGCCUUUAAAGUGUUGAAUAUCUUAUCAGAUACAGCUCAGCUCUAUCCUCCAGCGUGGGUCAAAUACACACUAAAGGUAGAAACAGCUGAAACCGUCUGCAAGAAUCAAGAUAAUAUCAAUCUGACUGAAUGUCCUCUGAAGAUGAAUGCUGUGACCAUGAUCUGCUCAUUUGUUGUUUUUGCUGUGCCAGGAAACAACACGAUUCCUAAACACCUGCUGUCAGAUCAUUGUGUUUGAAUGGAUCAAAAAACGUAUUAAACAUCAUAGUAAAAUGUUUUCAUAGAUUUUUUAAUCAUUGAGUAACAUAUCUUGUUGUCUUUGACACGCUGUGUUUUCAGACUAUAAUAAAAUAAAAGCUUAAAAUAAAUAAUCAUACAAUUAAAAAAAAUCUUAUAUUAAGUCUUGAUCCAUAUGGUUGUAUUUAGAGAUUUAGAGAGCAUGUGGGUCUCAUAUCUGUAAACAGUUUGAUGUGAUAUAAAAAUGACAAAUAAACUUAAUUAAUGGUA